CUGGUUUUGCGACUCAGGAGGAGUAGAAAGAGUGUGUUGGUGUGCGCAUGCGCGACUUUGGUUUUGGUCAAGGACGUGAAGGAGUGCCUGGAAGGAUGGAUCAUGCCAGGAAAGCCAUAUAUAACAUGUUUGGAGGGGAGCCCCUCUCCUACACCCGCUUCAGUCUCGCCCGGCAGCCCGACGGGGACAACAGCCACGUUGAAAUGAAGCUCUCUGCCGAAGACGAGGAAGUGGGCGAAAACGGCUCCGUUGACCACCUCCACACCCAGACCGUCCGGCCAAGGAACAGCAACCGGCACAUCUGGUUCGUCCUUUCUGCAGUAGCCAUGCUGUUCCUUAUAGGUAAGGCGCAAAAGUGGGAACUCUGUAAACCGGACACAGGCCAACUUGGGCCCUCUGGGACCCCCGAACAGUGUCCAAGCGUGGUUUCCUUGCUGUCUGAAAGUUAUAACCCCCACGUCCGGUAUGGGGCAGCCAUGGCUCUGGGUAUCUGCUGUGCUGGGACAGGAAACAAGGUUCUACAACAGAAGAACUUAAGGCUGGAUGAAGGAGCUUUAGAAAGACCACACAAGAAGUUACAAUAUGGGCCAGAAAAGCGCUAUAUGGAGACUACAUAUGGUCCUGAUCUCCUUUUUAAUGAGGCUGUGGAGACGCCCAAGGCCUACGUCGCAUACAGCGAGAAUGGCGAAGUGUCUGGAAAGCCGGUGUAUGCCAAUUACGGCCGUGACGAGGACUUCCGUGAACUGCUGACGCGUAUCCCCAACAUAUCUGGAUCAGUGGUCUUGGUCCGAGCUGGAGAGAUUCCUUUUGCUGAAAAGGUGGCCAAUGGCAAGAAGUGGGGCGCUGCGGGAGUGUUGAUCUACCCGGAUCCUGCUGACUUCAGGAACCUUAGAGAAGACGUCUCUUUGUUUGGACAUGCACAUCUUGGGACUGGCGACCCUUACACCCCCGGCUUCCCAUCUUUCAACCAUACCCAGUUCCCUCCAGUUGAAUCUUCGGGACUCCCGCGCAUCCCCGUCCAAACCAUUUCCAGCUCUGCUGCAAGGAAAUUAUUUAGUGUUAUGAAUGGGCCAGUGUGUCCAUCACCAUGGACAGGCACCAUGGGAGUCACCUACAGGUUCGGCUCAACUGGAAGCGGGAGAAGCGUGAAGCUCCAAGUCAGGAAUGAGCUUGUGGAGAAGAAAAUCCUCAACAUAUUCGGCAUUAUCAAAGGCUUUGUGGAACCAGAUCGGUACGUUGUGCUUGGAGCCCAGCGUGAUUCCUGGGGGCCCGGAGCAGCCAAGGCCGGUGUCGGAACAGCCCUCUUACUGGAACUUGCCCGCGCCUUGUCUGACAUGGUGAAAAUAGAUGGGUACAAACCUCGCCGUAGCGUCGUGUUUGCAAGCUGGAGUGCUGGAGAUUUCGGAUCUGUUGGUGCAACUGAAUGGCUGGAGGGCUAUUCUUCCUCGCUUCAUUUGAAGGCCUUUGCUUAUAUCAACUUGGAUUCUGCCGUUACAGGAUCGCGGGAUUUCAAGUUCUCUGCCAGCCCCAUGUUGAAAAGGCUGUUGGAGGAAGCCGUCACAGGGUUCAAGGUGUCUUCCAGCAACAUUAAGGAUGUCCUGGCCUCCAAAGAGAAGCCGCUUCGUUUGGAUGACGCAAGCUUCCCGUUCAUCGCCUACUCAGGAAUCCCAGCGAUUUCAUUCAGCUUCUCUAACGGCGAAAAGGUUUACCCCUACCUGGGAACAGAGGACGAUACUAUCACCAACCUGCUCAGCUCCUUUGGUUCCUCUGCUGGUCAGCUGGAGAGUACGAUGCGCAUGGCUGCCGAAAUCGCUGGCCGCAUGGCCCUCCGGAUGACGCACGACCACGAGCUGUACCUGGACUACACCAGCUACAACGACAGGCUGCUUCGGCUUGUAGGAAAGUUCCUGAUGUACAGGAAAGACCUACAGAAAAUAGGCUUAGGUGUGCAGUGGCUCAUGUCGGCCCGCGGAGACUUCAACCGAGCCACGCAGGCCCUGAUUCACGACAUCGCAAACACUGACCUCACCAACACAGUGGCUUGCCGGGCUUUGAAUGACCGGAUUAUGAAGGUGGAGUACCACUUCCUGUCGCCCUACGUCUCCCCGAAGGACACCCCGCUCCGCCACAUCUUCUUUGGUUCCGGCUCCCACACCCUCCAGUCUAUGCUGGACCAGCUCAGUGUUUGGAAGAGCAACCAAAGCGCUUUUAACGAGACCCUCUUCAAGAACCAGCUGGCCCUGGCGACGUGGACCAUCAGAGCGCCGCCAAUGCCCUCUCUGGGGACAUCUGGGACAUUGACAACGAAUUCUAAAAGCGUAGAGCACUUAAUUCUGAGAUACAGGAAAUCCCUAACCUUCCUUUUUUCCCCCCAAUUCGGUAGCACAGAGGUGGAUUUUCCAGAAGUUACAUGAAAACAUAUAAGAGCAAUUCGAAGUGAGUCCAAAAUUAUCCCUGACGUGAAUUUAAGGUGUUUGUAGGUGUCCUUCUCAAUGUCUUUGCUCUACCCCAAAAGUCAACAAAAACAAGGUGUCCCUCUCAAUAUCUGGUCUCAACCCAAAAGUAAACAAAAACAAGAUUUUUUUUUAAAAAAAGUGAGCUGAACAUGGCCUCCCAUUUACAAAGGGGGGGAGCAUGCAAGCAAAGGCAGAACUCAGACCAGCCUCAAACUUUGUAGGAGUGGAGGCAAAAAGAAACACAACAAACGGAGUCACAGCGUCACUUGUGGAGGCAGAAGGUGAACCCAAAUCCCUCACUCUCGCACUCGUUGGUAGGAUAUUCUAUUUUUCCUAGGGAGGGAAAACCUUUCCUGAUUUGGCCCUUGAAGUAUAGCAGUUAAAUAUAAUAUUAUAUUUUUCCUUGAACAGGGGAAUCAUUUCCUGAUUUGGCCCUUGAAGUAUAGCAGUUAAAUAUAAUAUUAUCUCUUUCCUCAGAAGGGGAAUCCUUUCCUGAUUUGGCCCUUGAAGUACAGCAGAUAGAUAUAAUAUUAUAUUUUUCCUGGGAAUUGAGAACUCUUUCCUGAUUUGGCCCUCGAAGCAUAGCAGUUAGAUAUAAUAUUGUUUCUUACCUUGGAAGGGGAACCUUUUCCUGAUUUGGCCCUCGAAGCUCAUCCGUUAGAUAUAAUAUUAUUUCUUGUCUGGGAAGGAGAAACCUUUCCUGAUUUGGCCCUUGAAGUACAGCAGUUAGAUAUAAUAUUAUAUUUUUCCUUGGAAGGGGAACUCAUUCCUAAUUUAGCCUUUGAAGUACAGUAGUUAAAUAUAAUAUUAUGUCUUUCCUUGAAAGGGGAACCCGUUCCUGAUUUGGCCCUUGAAGUACAGUAGUUAAAUAUAAUAUUAUCUCUUUCCUUGAAAGGGGAACUCAUUCCUGAUUUGGCCCUUGAAAUAUAGCAGUUAAAUAUAAUAUUAUUUUUUUCUGGGAAAGGGAACUCAUUCCUGAUUUGGCCCUUGAAAUACAGCAGUUAGAUAUAAUAUUAUAUUUUUCUUGGGAAGGGGAAAUUACUCCUGAUUUGUCCCUUAAAGUACAGCAGUUAGAUAUAAUAUAUUUUUCCUUGAAAGGGGAAUCCUUUCCUGAUUUGGCUCUUGGAAGUACAGCAGUUAGAUAUGAUAUUAUAUUUUUCCUGGGGAGGGGAACUCUUUCCUGAUUUGGCCCUUGAAGUACAGCAGUUAGAGAUAAUAUUAUAUUUUUCCUGGGAAGGGGAACCCUUUCCUGAUUUAGCCCUUGAGGUACACAAACCCAAUCUAGCAUGUUCCAAAAUGGGAACCUUCUGCCUCUCCGAGUAAACAACAAAGUCUGGAUGGACUUCUUUCUCCCGCUGUUGACCGAUCCUUUUCCGUUACUCAGGAAGGCCGAGCCAAAGAGAGGGUCUUAUAUGGGUAUGACUUGAGAAAAACCCCCCAAAGUUACAUCUCCAUAGGGGCCUUCCUUUUGGGGGUACGGUCACACACACGAGUCGUACUCGACACCCCUUUAUGCGUUGCUGAGGCCUUUUCGGGGAGACCUUCUCUCUCUCCGUUGCUAGUCUCGACUUUGGAACGAACACUGGACUCGGGGAGGUUUCAGAUCCUUUCCCCGGGACUUUGUGGUUAAGGUGUAAUUUAUUAGUUAUUUAUUUAUCAGUGGCAGUGUUCACUAUAAAUGGUAUUUUGUGUUU